AUGACAGACGCAAACGUAGGAAAGACCGAUACCUCGCCAGCCGAUGCAAACCCAGAGACGAGCGCCACGGGCAGCACCGGCUCCCACUCGGAGCUCUUCGGACUGCAAGGACAGAAAAGAGCAUCUACCACGGCCGGCGCGGGAGCAGGAUCAGGAGUGAUUGGCACCAGCGGUCACCCUGGAGCAGGCAAAGGAGCCAACAUCGACUUUGGGCAGAGCGCUCAAACAGCAGGCAUCGGAGGCAUGGCGGAGGGCGGGAAGAGCAGUGCCAUUUCCGGCUCUGGCGGAGAAGCGUUCACUCCGAGUCAAGGAACUGGAGAUGUACGUCCUGCAGGCGAAGCAACCGGGGAGAAAAAGAUCCUCGACAAAUUGAACCCUUUCAAAUGA